AAAUGGCAAAAAAACAGAAAAAAUCAACGGAAAAGUCGGAGAGAACAGUGGAGUUCAAGGAGCCACCGAAGCCCGCGAACAGUGAGGAAAGAUUAAAGCCAGCUGGCCGAGGAAUGAAACCAUCACCAUCUCAAAAUACAUUAAAUCGAAUGGAACGUGAAACGAUCGUUUUCUGGCGCCGACCCCACAUCGUCAUACCAUAUGCUCUCAUGGAAAUUGCACAUCUCGCCGUUGAACUAUUCUUCAAAAUAUUGGCUCAUAAAACGGUGCUCUUGCUCACAGCCAUCUCAAUCGGGCUCGCCGUAUACGGCUAUCAUGCUCCAGGAGCACACCAAGAACACGUUCAGACCAUCGAAAAGCACAUUCUGUGGUGGUCGUGGUGGGUGUUGCUCGGCGUUCUCUCGUCGAUUGGACUCGGCUCAGGAUUGCACACAUUUUUGAUCUACUUGGGACCGCACAUCGCCGCGGUGACAAUGGCGGCCUACGAGUGUCAGAGCCUGGAUUUCCCGCAGCCACCGUAUCCGGAGAGCAUCCAAUGCCCCUCAACAAAAAGCUCAAUCGCCGUAACAUUCUGGCAAAUCGUGGCGAAAGUUCGCGUCGAAUCACUGCUCUGGGGAGCCGGAACUGCUCUCGGCGAGCUCCCACCGUAUUUUAUGGCUCGAGCCGCCCGAAUCUCUGGCCAGGAGCCUGACGAUGAAGAAUAUCGAGAGUUUUUGGAGUUGAUGAAUGCUGACAAGGAAAGCGAUGCAGAUCAGAAGUUGAGCAUUGUUGAACGGGCGAAAAGCUGGGUGGAGCACAAUAUUCAUAGAUUAGGAUUCCCGGGAAUUUUGCUGUUCGCCUCGAUUCCGAAUCCGCUUUUCGAUUUGGCUGGAAUCACUUGUGGACACUUUUUGGUGCCGUUUUGGAGCUUUUUUGGAGCAACUUUGAUUGGAAAAGCGCUGGUUAAAAUGCAUGUUCAGAUGGGAUUUGUCAUUCUCGCAUUCAGCGACCAUCAUGCCGAAAACUUUGUGAAAAUACUCGAGAAAAUUCCGGCUGUCGGGCCAUAUAUUCGUCAACCAAUCAGUGAUUUACUGGAGAAACAGAGAAAAGCGCUUCAUAAGACGCCAGGCGAGCACUCGGAGCAGAGCACAUCCUACCUGGCUUGGGGUCUCUCACUUAUGGUAACCUUCAUGAUUCUCUUCUUCUUCCUCUCAAUUGUCAAUUCACUGGCAAAAGACUAUCACAAGCGGUUAUGGGAACGAAAACGGCGACAAAACAAGGUCGAGUAAUUAGGUACAACUGCCCUGACACACUGCCCAUUUGUCAUUAAUUUUCUAAUUUUUUUCCUUUUAAAAAAAUAUGGAAAAAUUGUUUUAUUUCAACUUUUCAAUUGUUCAGGAUUUGAUAGAUGAGGAAAAUCAAAGUUUUGAAGAGGAAGAAGAAGAAGCCGUAACUCCGCCAUCAUCAUGCCCGCUGCUGUUAUCAGAUGGAUUUGAAGGAGUUGUUGUUAAGAAAUGAGAAAUAAGAAAUAAUUGUAUAAUUUUUUUUUCCAAAAAUUUAAAUUUCUAAACUAAAAUUCGAAUUUUUGCAUGCAAAAAACACCCACUUUUUGAUCUCAAAUUUGCACUUAUUAAGCACUAAAAACCAAUAAUUUCUUCCCUUUAAAAUCUAAAAAAAAUCUUCCAAUAACCCCCCCACUGAUAACAACAACAAGGCAUUUUUCACUCGACGACCGGUGGCGGAGCGCACGUCUUCUUAUUCUUCUUCUUCUUCUUCUUUUCCUACCUUUUCUAUCCCACUUUUUCCCCGGAAUUUUGAGAUUUGACAUGAUUUUUCAGAGAAUUUCGAGUUUUGAGAAAAAAAAAAUCAAAAAAGCGAUUUUUUGGUCAAAAGCCGAAAUUUAAAGCUAGUUUUUUUGGAAAUAUCGAUUUUUUUUUUGAGAAUUUUUCGAUUUUCCAAAAAAAAAAUCGAAAGUUGUUUCCCGAAAAGCCGAAAUUUUUUUUGAGAUAUCGAAAAAUCGGAGAAUUUUUCGAUGUUUCCCAGAAAUACUAAAAUUUUGAAUUUUCCGGAAAAAAAAUCGUUAAAAAAUUAGUUUCUUUUAAAGACCGAAAUUUAAAGUUUUUUUUUUGGAAAUAUCGAUUUUUUCCGAGAUAUCUAAAAUUGAAAGAAAUUUUCGAUUUUCUGAGAAAAAUACGAAAAAAUCGAAAAAAAAACCCAAAUUUCGGUUUUUUCGUAAAAAAAGUCGUAAAAAUGUAAUUUUUUUCCUGAAAAAUCGGAAUUUUUUACAAAAUAUCGGAAAAUACUCAAAAAAAAGCUGAAAAUUUCGAUUUUCCGGAGAAAAAAUCUUUUUAAAAAAAUAUUUUUUUUUUCAGAAAAUAAGAAAAGCCGAAAUUUAUAACUAUUUCUCCGGAAAUUCGAAAUUUUUAACGAAAUAUCGGAAUAAUUUUUAGAUUUUUCAAGUUUGACUUUGCGAGAAAAAAAUCGGAAAAACCUCGAUUCGACGCCGAAAAAUGCUCCUUUUCGAAAAGAUUUUUGAAAUUUCAGAAAAUCGACAUGCAAGCGCGCUCCACGGCGAAAUGACAACGAUGAUCCACCGCCCUCAAAAAGUUGGGUCUCGUUAGGUAUUUGGCGGUAAAACUGGUAAAACUCCAGUUUUGCCUCCAACGAGACCCAAUUUUUUGGGGCGGUGGUGGAGCGCGCUUGCACAAGCUGAAAGCAUUUUUCUGCGACUCGAUAAUAUUUUGAAAACCUGUGUCAAUUCUCGAAAUUCUUUUUUUAAAAAAUAAUCCCGAGCUUCUCUCAGUCCUCCUCUAUGAGGAUGUUCCUUUUUUUUGGUUUUUCAAUUUUUUUUAAAAUUCCAAAUUUCUGUUGUGCAAUUCACUUCCCCCCAAGAAAUCCCAAAAAUCCCCAGUUUUCCCCAAAAAUGUUCCGUUUUCAUGUGAUUUUUCCCCCAUUUUUAAAACAUUUUUUUGACUUUUUUUUAAAAUGAUUAUUAUUAUUGUUUUCUAUUUCAUGGCCGGUAAAUUAUUUUUUU